GGCUGCCUGACCUGACCUGGGGAGGGGGCAGGCAGCACCUUACUCUGCGCUGAGCGGCGACGCUUGGGAGAGCGCGUUUUCCCCCAACGUCGAGAGACCCCGUUCCUUCAGAGGAGCCGUUUAAAAACCUUCCCUUCCCCGGGGGAGUCUGUGCCCUGUUCAGGCAGAUGGUAAAGCUCCCGCGGGCGGCGGUGUCUGCGGGGAAAGGAUAAGCCGGUUUCUCUCCGUAUUUCUCUCUCCUGGGUCCUGGACGACAAUUCUCAUAUACGAUCCAUCGCUUGGUCGCUUCAGAGCUGAGCAUGAAUGUGUACAAAUAUACAGUCACUACACGUGACCGUUGAGCGCUGCGAGGCAUUUUGGAAUGUAAGAAAACCAGCCCAGGUUCGGGGGUGGGGGCUGGAGCAGGGCACAGGUUGGGUUGGGGGCGGGUGUUGCUGGAGUCAGUGCGCAGGAGGGGGCUUCGUUUAUCUCUAAUGAAAGAUAUUUGUUGUUUGAAAUCUUUUUUUCCCUGGCAGAAUUCCCACUGAGGCCGGAGCGAGGCCCAGGAGGAGGGUGCAAGGCCAAAGUGGGAUGGAAAUCUCUGUCUGGAGGUGAAGAUGGAGGAUGGGGAGCUGGACGAAGUGGACAAGCUGAAAACCAAGAUCCUGACAGCCUGGCACAAUGUGAAAUACAGUUGGCACGUCAAAACCAAAACCUCUUUCAGUAGAAACUCGCCCGUCUUCCUGCUUGGGAAAUGCUAUCACUUCAAAUCCGAUGACUGGGUCUGGGCUGAUGUACUGGACAUGGAUAAUCAGGAUUCCCAGGGGCUGAAAACUGUGAAACAAGGAACGCUGGAGCGGUCUGAGGGACUGUACAGGAGCCUGGUGGAAUUUUCGGGCUCACUGAAGCUCUCCAGGAAAACGAACGAUGAUCCAGUCCCGGUGGGCAGUGAGCAGCAAGGCCACGUCCCAAGCCCAACGCUCAGCCAGGAUGAGAUUUGUCACCGGAAAAUAAUCUCCUGGUUUGCAGACCUACCACACCCUCCAUUUGGAAUGCACCGUCUGACAGAGGUUGGGAAGAGCUUAGGGAAGAAAGCGGGAGACUGGUACGGUCCAGCAGUGGUCGCCCAUAUCAUCCGGAAGGCGCUGCAGGAAGCGCAGGAGCCGGAGCUGCAGGGGCUGGCGGUUUAUGUGGCCCAGGAUUGUACAGUAUACGUGGCAGACUUGAUGGAGACACAUUCUGGCGGCGCUGUCAUCCUACUGAUCCCCGUCCGGCUCGGGGGAGAGAAGGUCAACUCCCAGUACCAGGACAUCAUCAAGGGGAUGCUGAGCCUGGAGUUCUGCAUUGGGAUUAUGGGAGGGAAACCCAAGCAAUCGCUCUAUUUUGUUGGAUUUCAAGACGACAGCCUGAUCUACCUGGACCCUCACUGCUGUCAGCCCUUUGUAGAUGUCACACACUCCGACUUCCCCAUCCAGUCUUUCCACUGUUCAUCACCUAAAAAAAUGCCUUUUAGUAAAAUGGACCCGAGCUGCACCAUCGGGUUUUACUGCGGCUCCAACACUGAGCUCGGCAAGAUCCUGGAGGAGAUCAGGAAGGUGCUGAACUCUCCAGCCUCCCCAGACAAGUACCCGCUGUUCAGCUUCUCCCCGGGUCACGCCCAUGAGCAGCAGGUGGCAGCGCUGGGCACCUGGGGCCUGGACUCCGGGCCCCAAAGCCCGGUCCCCCAGCAACACAGCGGCAGCCAGGAGUUUGUCUUUUUGUGAGAGAAUAUCCCUGGGUGACUGUGUCACCAGCGCCAGCGUGGAGCUCACACUCACUCGCACACACACUCACUCUCAUACACUCACACACAC